GAACCAUCGUAAUGAGAAUAAAUAACAAAAGGAGCUAUGUACGUAGCUAUCAAAGUUCAGAAUUAUGUUCAAAAUCUUUUUUUAAUCUUUCGUUAUUAGCACUGCAUGUGUAUGGUGUAUAUAUAUUUCACUGACUUGCGCGUGCGCAUUAGCAAGAUUUGUGAAAAAGGUUGAAGAAGUUAGGAUUCAAGACUGUGUGCACUGAUAACGUUCAAGUUUUUCAAUCAAGGAAAUAUCAAUUGGCAGAAAGAUAGGACGUCGUAAGUUUAGCGUAAUGAAUAGAAAAUCAGGUAUAGUGUAAGCAGAAAAUUUGUGGAUUCGAAUAGUCAGAUUUGAUAUAGUAACAAACAUUCCAACAAAACAUUGGGACAUAGUUAAUGUUCAUAUAUAAGGCAUAUUUACAUACAUAAAUGUCCCACAGCUAAAAGGCAAACAGCUCUACGCUAGACCGGUGAGUUCCAACACAAAAUAUUGCUUGGUAGUACGGCGGACACUCAAAGCCAACUAACCAUGUCUGUACAAAGUGUUGCUCUGGCAUCUCUCACGGCCACCUAUACCGACUCGGAGGGCGAAGACGGGGUGGAAGACGACCUUCAGGAGAAUUCGAACACUCCCCAGGGGGCCGCCCCGCAUAAUGCCCAAGUCGGUCAGCCCCAGGCUUUCACCAGUCCCAAAUCUGGCACAUCAGCCUCAAAUAGUCCCGUUGUUGCUCCCAACGUCGGUGGCAAGUCUAGUAACGAUUUGUCGAACGCGCCCACCUUAGUAACAGAUGUGAUAUCUAAGGUGCAGAGAUUGGUUUCAUAUUUUGACGAUACAAUAGUCUCCGAUGACGAGGGAGUGGUACAAACACAGAUCGACGGACAGCCUUUUGAAAAUGGAAGGCCCUCCUCGAUUAUGGAAUGCUCUCCCUCUUGUCAAGGAGAACAGUUAGUUUCAGAUAGCGAGGUGGAUCCCUAUGGCGUUAUCAUACCACCAGAGCCACCAGGACAAUGUCCCGUGGAACUACAAGAAAAGAUAACAAAACUUUUUAGGAAAAUGGAGAGCGGCGGUUUAGAUAUGAAUAAAGUCAUACAACAAAGGAAGGAUUUCAGAAAUCCAUCUAUUUAUGAAAAACUCAUUCAAUUUUGUAGCAUCAAUGAAUUGGGUACUAAUUAUCCUCCAGAUAGAUUCGAUCCGUUUAAAUGGGGUAAAGAUUCCUAUUACGAGGAGCUUGCCAAAGUCCAGAAGGCAAAAAUGGAUAAACUCGAAAAGGCUAGGAAGGAGAAAACAAAAAUCGAAAUCGUUUCUGGUACUGCUAAGCGGCCCAAUAAUUCGAAUACAACGGAAGACGAUGCUAAAAAAAGAAAAAGUAAAUGGGAUCAAGUUGCAACCGGAGCUACUGCCUCGAUAAAGCCAACUGUGCUGUUAUCUCAACCAACUCUUACCACUUUAACAUCAUCUGCAACUGGCACCAAAGCAACGGUAAUAUCUGCUUUUGGAUCUUUACCAAAGAAAAGACUGUAACAUACCCUGUAAAUCAUUUGUAAAUAUUACGUUUUUCGAGAAAGCAA